CGAUGCAGAGUAUGGAAAGCCUAUAUUCAAACAGUUCCAAGUUUUCCGCGCUAAAUCGCCGCAAGGCUGCUGCUAGGCAACCGCCCAUCGUGAUUGCGUCCAACAGCGAUGUACGGCACCGGGUAAUGUCGGCGCGAAUGUUGCGUCUGAAGCAAAUGCAGAAUCAACUGGAGGCGGCCAAUAUGGUCAUUGCGGAACUGACCAAGGAUAAUCGUCUGCUGAAAUCGGUACAGAAACGUCAGGAUUCUGCACUAUCCAAGUACGUCAACUCGAACGCCGAACUUCCAAAGUUGCUCAAUUCGCACGCGGAAGAGAUCCGUACCUGGCAGACCAAGUACCGGAACAUGCAGAACCAAAACAGGGAGCUGAACGCGAAGCUGAAGGCAAAGGAUGCACAUAUACUUACGAUUACGGAUCAAAAUAAACACCUGGUGCAGCUUAACAAAGAUAAACAUUUGGAAGAACGUGAAAGACUGGCAGACAGGGUACGAUAUUUAGAGAACAGGCUGAUGGAGAAGGAUAACGAUGCCAAAUUACUCGCUAGGAGACUGCAACUAGAGACGAAAAAUUUCAAAGCACAGAUGCAACAGGAAGUGAUGAAGCAGCGUGAGAUGGCGCAGAAGCUCGAACGGGCCCAUCACGAGAUUAAUCGCUUGAACUCUGUUAUUGAGAUAUAUGAGAAACGAACUCCUUCAACUCUACUGAAGAACAGCAGCUUUCUAAUGAAGACGACACCCAAACCAUCUUCGGCACAACAGCAGCAACAGCAGCAGCAACAAAUUAUUCGAUUUGCAAACGGCACCACACACAAGUCACCUUUCCCGAACUUUUCAGAACCCUCGCCGGUAACGAAUCUGGACAUGAGUCCAAAAAUCAAACCCGUUCAUGAUGGCGAGGGUGAUAACAAAUCUCCCGUUCCGAGUCCCAGAACUCUGCAACCUCUGUCGCCUCACAAUGAGGACACACCCCCGGUACCACAGAAUUCAUCCAAACCACGAAAGAAACACACCUCAAGAAGGCAAAAAGCCGAUAACCAUUCGGAUGAGGCCAGCUCCAACGGAAAACCGGAUGAACAUCAGUACGACGAAGGCAUGUGUUCCGAGUUUAACCAGUACGCGCUGGAGCAGGAGGCCGAAUUCGACAAGGCAAUCGCUUCGGAACUGUUUCGUUUACAAACGGAAAUGGGUUCCGGUUCGUCGAAGCUGCCGAAAAGUCAUACCUCCAACCGUUACAGCGCAACUACGGAAACCUCGUACGAGGAUGACUACGAGACGGAUCAAUCGCCGGAAAAGGCCGUUGAUCAUCUGAGCGAAAUAUUCGAACAUAAAGCACACAUCAGCGAAAUCGAAGAACAGUUCCGAGAGGUUAGCUCUUCGGCCACCACGAAUGGAUACUCUUCAACCGCCAAGGAUGGUGUGAAGAUACGCAGCGUGAAGAAACGUAUUGUCACCUCGUCUGAAACGAACGAUUCGGAUUCAAUCGAUAGUGCUAGCCGUUCGUCGGCGGUAAAAGAUUUGGAAGCCAUGAAGCUGGAAAUGCAUCAAAGUAUCAUGAAGAAGGAAGCACUGCUGGACACGUUUUGUAACGAAUUAAAUGGGAAGGAAGUGGGAAGGGCUGCACCACCGCCACAGCUGAACCGACCCAAGCUGGACAAUACGAAGCGUGCGCAGAUAGAUCCGAAAAAGAAGCAAAACUUGCUGGAAGUGCUGAAGGCAAUCGAUGGUGAUAGUUUCGAGAAAUGA